UUAUUUCUUGCACUUGCAGGUCUAACCUUGGAAAAUGAGUGAGAGUGAUACUGAGGAAGAUAACAUUCCAGAUCGGGAGACUUGUGAGGGACUGACUCAGCAAUUUGCUGAAGUUACAGGAACAGAUGUCGCUCUAGCCCAGUAUUAUUUACAGGAUCGGAACUGGGAUUUACAGGCAAAGCUCUGGGAGUUGAUCCUUGUGGAGUCCCUCCAGCCAGAGAAUGUUCAUUUCCAAAUGAGGUCCCUUGAUGCAUACUUUGAAGAACUGCGAGAUGCUGGUUUCUCUCCAACUGCCAGUGGUAGUUCUGCUGCCACUUCCAUGGACUACCCAGGAGGAAGUAGGAAUGCAAAAGGAGAUGAAAUGUUCCACCUUCCUCCAUCUUUAAUCAAGAACCAGUUGGCUCUGGUCAAGCCACCAGAUACAGGGUUGAAACCCAAAGAUGGAGGGUCAAAGCUAAUCCGUUUCCUCACAUGGAAUCUGGAUGGCCUGGAUGCAAGGAACCUGAAGAUACGCACCAAGGCCGUCAUCAAAAUCGUCCAGGAAGAGAAUCCUGAUGUGGUGUUCUUCCAGGAAGUGGUCCCAGAAUCACUUCAGUUCUUCCGAGACCGCCUGGAGGGCUACAACAUUGUUUCAGGGAAUGGGAUGUACUUUACAGCAUGUCUGCUCAAUCGAGCCACCUGUCGAUGUGAUUCCCACCGAAUCAUCCCAUAUCCUGGGAGUUCAAUGGGAAGAAAUCUCCUUGUUCUACAGGGAUUGUUCAAUAAUGGGUCAGUGAUGACUCUCAUGAAUACACACCUGGAAAGCACCAAAGACUUUGCUGAUGAAAGGAUGGAGCAGCUGAGGAUUGCCUUCAGAGAAAUGAAGAAGUCUUCCUCCCCAGUCAUUCUUGCUGGUGAUCUGAAUCUCCGUGACAAAGAAAUUGAAGCAAUUGGUGGGCUUCCUGAAGGGACUUUUGAUGCAUGGAUUCAAAGUGGGCAGAGGAAGGAGUGCCAGUAUACCUUUGAUGGCACCCGAAAUUCCAACAUACAGCUGAUUUCUCUCCUGGACAGUGAGGGUUCCAGAAAACCUGAAAAAGUCAGUGGAAUGGAAGUGGGAGAGGGAUUAGUGAAAUUGUCCCAGGUGUCUGAAAGCCUUGACAAAAGUCAGACAUAUAGGUGA